AUGGCUCCCUACGUUGAACCAAGCCCUCUCCCUAGCCUAAACCGCUACAUCACCACUCACGACGAGUCGGGAAAAGCAAUUCUAUCAAAGGACAUCCCCUCCGAAGCAAAAUGGACUGCCACCGGCAAAGAAGCCAACUUCUUCCUCGGAUACGCGACCAACAGCUUCCCAGCAGACCUAACCUCCACAACCGACAUAUCAACCUACAGCUCCUUCUUCGCCUCACCACCAGGGCUGGUAAUCCAUGGCGGUUCCGUCCUCCGAAUUGUAGACAUGGCGCCUGGACUCACAUCUCCGAUGCACCGCACGACGAGUUUGGACUAUGGCGUUGUGCUGGAGGGCAAUGUCGAGCUGGUUCUGGAUAGUGGAGAUAAGGUUGUCCUGAAGAGAGGCGAUACCUGUGUGCAGAGGGCGACGAAUCAUGCGUGGAGGAAUACGAGUGAGACGGAGUGGGCGCGGAUGCUGUAUGUACUUACGGAGGCGAAGCCACCGGUUGUGGAUGGGAAGACGUUGGGUGAGGACUUGGGAGGGAUGGAGGGUGUGAAGAAGAGUGAGUAG